AGUCUAAGGAUGAUGUCGGAUGAUGUCAUUGCUGCCAAUCACUUGCAAAACUUGGCUUUGUAUUUGAGACUGUUUUAUACCACGGACGAAGUCCAGAUUACAAGAGAAGGGUUUUGGAUGAACAUUGGCUGGCUAUUUUGAGAAGGGUAGAGUACAGAUGGAGGAAGGGCUUUAUUCAAACUCCGACAUGGAGGGCUCAAUUAACAGGUGCCAAAAGCGGGGAUGAUUCAGGGACUCGCGGAAAGGGGUUAGCUUUUACUACAAAGAGAUACUCAGGUCUGGUGAACAGAGAGGCAGGAGCAUUCUUCAUCCAAAUUGAAAGUAAAGAACUCCAAUUUCAGGCUUCAGACAUCAUUAAAGUCUCAAAGGCAAAGACCAAUCAACUUUUGAGGGAUACUGCUAAAUGGUUAGUAGUCUCUCAAUAACCUAACUUGAGCAGGGAAAGGCUGGACGAUUACAAGGUUUGGAAGUCAAUCUUCUACUAAGUUUCUUUGGGAUUCAAAUAGAUAUGGGGACUUUGUUAGAGUUAUCUCAUGAAUCGAAGAAAUGAAAGCACAAAUCUUUAUACCUGUUGGAUCUAAUUCAGAAGGCAUAAAUCUAUUUGUUAAAGUUAUCCUCGAGACUGUUAAGUUUCUAGAAGGAAAAGAAAAGGGGCCAGUGGAUCUAAUUCAGAGGCUUCAAUCUCAAAGGUGGACAAGCAAAAUGAUGAGAGGGGAGAAGAAGAGAGCAAAAGUGGCAGCUUUCUAUAUCUUCUGAGCUACUUGAACAGGAAAUUGAAAUGGUAUUAAAGGACACAAGGAAAACGGAAAGGGGACAGCUUGAUGGAUCAGAGGGGACAGAAAAAAAUAUUGAGGUGUUGGAUGCACACAGGCUGUUUCAACCACCCUUUGAUGCUUAUUUUGAAACAGAUUUUAAUGCAGUGGGAAGUCCGAUUCACGAGACAUUGGCUAAGAAAUCAUUACUGGAUAUGCUUAAAAAGGGUUUACUUCAGAGUUCCUAAUCAAUCAGGGAAGGCUAUUAGGUCUACUAGAGAGACGGUGAAAAGCACGGAGAUUGUGGAUUUAAUCCUCAUUGAGGGAACUAAAUACCCAGUGUUUCUCUCAUAUUCUAGCAUAGAUGAGGAGGUAGUCGCAGCUUACAACGCAGGGGAGUCAGAAGAUGGAUCACCAAAAACUCCUGGGUAGCUUACCAUGUUGAUUAAAUAGGUUCAUCCACUUCAUAAGUCUCAUUACUUUCUUUUUUUAAUAAAGGGUAGCUUUUACUUGUUUAAUUGGCAUAGUUUGAAGUCAGUUUCUUAGGAUAGAAUGGUACGGUCUUUGCUUUUGUUGCUGAGGAUCUAUGGGCUUUUUAAUUUGGUUAGAAUUGGUGUUUACUUAUUUGGCAUAGCAUGGGUUAGGCAGCCUUUUUCUCUUACUCAGGUGAGUCUAGGUACAACAUCCUAUAGGUUGAAGCGAGCAAGGAUUCAGACUCUUGCUACAUUACAAAUGCAGAGAGGAUUUGUAUACUUCAAGGUUUAGUUAGAGUUGUGUUGGGGCUUUGAUGGGUGUUUGCUUAAGGAAUCUGCAAAUGUGUGUUUGGGUUCUAUUAACUGCAAGUUGGUAGACUGAUAUUUGGAUAUUAGAGGCAUUGAUUGUUGGGGUGGAAGCAACAGAUACAUGGUCUUAGUGACCGGCUGAUGUGAUCAUAGUGAUCUUUUGAUCAUUUGAAAAGUUACCAAUAAGAUCUGCCUUACUAAGAAGGAUGUGUAUAACUUUGGCAUUGAUUGUAGAGUUACACCAACCCAAAUGGUGUAACUUUGUGACACCAUUUCAAUUUGGUCAACACGGUGCUCUGUUCGUAAAAUUGACAAUUCCUACCCCUCAUAAUCCCCCUCGUAAACCCCUGACCUCGCCCCCUUCCUACCCCCUGCAAUUGCACUGUUUAAGUUUAGUUGAUAUUUUAGUCAACCCCAAAAUUUUUGUCAUAUCACUCUCAUAUCUUGUUCCGGGUAAUCAGCCACACGAUCUCGAUCCCUUUUCCAGCAAGGGCAGCAGUAAUACUCGUUCAUAGCAUUUUGAUCCGAACAGAAUGCACAAUGAUUUCCAUCCUGUUUUAAAUUUCAUACAUAAAUUUUUGGAGGGAUACGAUUAUAGGAGUAUAGGUUGAGCUGUGUGUUCCAGAAUCCGAUCAUCACCAAAUUCAAAAUUCCAGAAUCCAUUGCUGUUGAGGUGAGUGGUUGAAAUCUUCCUCCACUCCUAAAUUAGUUUUAUAAAUUGUGGUUUGGGGGAAUUGGGGGUUUCUUAAGGAUCAUUUCUUCGAUCUGUUUUAGCAUUCUCUGACGACAACCAGGAUGUUUAUUUAGCAAUGACGAUAUGUCUAAUUAAACAUACUCCGUAUAAGAACUAUGGAGUGGGUGUACAUAUAAUUGUGACUUUUCGGUUUUCAUUACCAUCUGAUUCGAAAUAGAUGUUUUUAAAUUCGUUGGAUGUCAUUUUCACAUUCAACUCUUGCAAUCACAAGAUGUCUAAUUUAGUGCAUUUUAAGGCAUUUUGUGUUGAUUCUGACUUUUCCUAAGCUAUAACGAUAUCUCUAAGCAAAUGCAUUCUGUGGUUGUUAAUGUUUAAUUAUGUUUUUGUGCAUGAAGACUAUAAUGUUUAACUGUGCACUAAUGCAUUUAUAAUAUUUCUUGCAAAUCAGUGUGAAUUGCAUGAUAUAGUUUCAAUCAUUAGUGUUAGAGUUUUUUAAAGGAUAAUGCAUAUUCAACAUAACGUUGUCCAUGAGCACAAAACAAUAAAUAAAGAAAAUCACCGAGUAAUCCCUUGGGAGUAGGGAUAGCAGGUUGGCAACAUAAGAGGCUUGGCUAUUUUGGAUUGGAUUAAUUAUGUUUGCAGGUGACUUGUUUUUGGCAUAAUUGUCAGAAACAAAGAGUGGCAGGAGACUGUAUAAGCUUAGAGUCAUGCAGAUUGCAGAUUAUUUGCCAAAGUGUAGAAGAAGCUAGCCUGGGAUACAUAAUGCUCAUGAAGAUGAAGUUGGAAAAGAUGCAAAUGAAAGUACAUUAGAAGAUGAUGCAACUGAACAAGAUGAUGUUGCAUAUAAACACAAUGAGAGUGAUUUGAUAACUUGAUUGACAUUGAAACACUGAUAAUUCAAUGAAUAUAAUGUUGUGUGUAACUCUAGAAUUUUUGUAUUGGUGUUUACUUUUAU